AUGACUUUUGCUGACAUUUUGGACAAUGUAGGAGGAAUGGGCCGUUUUCAAAGGAUGAUGGUCACCUUCCUGGCCAUCCCUCUCUUGAUGCUGGCCAGUCAGAACCUCCUGCAAAACUUCACAGCCGGCAUCCCGCAGCAUCACUGCCAAAUUCGCAUCGCCUCCAAUGCCACUCGUCACGGCAACGGCACCGUGGGAAAUUUGGGAGCCGAUCAGCUCCUGAGGGUCUCCAUCCCGACGGACACGAACCGACAGCCUGAGCAAUGCCGGCGUUUCGUGGCCCCGCAGUGGCGGUUCCUGGACCCGAAUGCGAGUCUUGGCAACCAGACUGUAUUUGACACCGAAGCGUGUGAGGAUGGUUGGACUUACGACAGGAGCUUGUUCAGCAACACGAUUGUCAGUGAGUGGAAUCUAGUGUGCGAAUCUCGGUCACUGAGGCAAAUGGCUCAAUCCCUUUACAUGGCUGGCGUAUUGAUUGGAUCGCUCCUGAUUGGGAAUCUCUCAGACAGGUUUGGCAGGAAAUCCCUGAUCAUUUGGUGCUACCUGCAGAUGGGCGUGGCCGGAGCUGGCACCGCCUUUGUGCCCAACUUCUCCAUUUACUGCGUCCUCCGUUUCCUGUGCGGCAUGGCGAUGUCGGGCAUCUCUCUCAACUCCGUUUCUCUCUGCAUGGAAUGGAUUCCCAGCAAAUACCGGGCCAUCGUUGGCACAAUCAAUGGCUACAGCUACACAACUGGGCAGUUCAUCCUGGCUGGCAUGGCGUACCUCAUCCGGGACUGGCGCUGGCUGCAGCUGGCCGUCUCCCUCCCUUACUUUGUCUUCUUCCUCUAUUCCUGGUUUUUCGUCGAAUCUGCCCGCUGGCUGGCCAUUUCGGGGAACCAGGAGAAGGCGGUGAAGGGGCUAAAGAAGGCUGCCUGGAUCAACGGGAAGAAGGAAGAGGGGAAUAAACUCAGCGUGGAGGUUUUGAAAGCCAGCAUGCGGUCUGAGGGCUCUUCCACCAAAUCCAGCCACAGUAUGGCCGAUCUGGUGAGGACGCCGGGCAUGCGUAGAAUCUCCUUCGGGGUCAGCUUUUUUUGGUUUGCCACCAGCUUUGCUUAUUAUGGGCUGGCCAUGGACCUGCAGAAUUUCAAUUUCAACAUCUAUCUGGCCCAGCUGGUGUUUGGGGUGGUCGACAUUCCCUCCAAAUUCAUCUCGGUGCUCACCAUCAUGUAUGUGGGCCGACGGUUCUCCCAAGCGCUCUCGCUGAUCAUGGCUGGACUGUGCAUCUUGGCUAACAUCUUUGUUCCGCACGAUUUGAGCACUCUGAGGAUGAUAUUUGCUGUAAUUGGCAAGGGAUCUUUGGCGGCUUCGUUUAAUUGUGCCUACAUCUUUUCUGGAGAACUUUUCCCAACUAUAAUCAGACAAUCUGGAAUGGGUCUGGGGGGCACCAUGGCUCGGAUUGGGAGCAUGGCCGCCCCCUUGGUGAGGAUGAGCGGGGAGUUUUUCCCACCGCUGCCCCUGAUCAUCUACGGCACGGCCCCCAUCGUGUCUGGCCUCGUCACCUGCUUCCUCCCGGAGACCCUGAACAGACCGCUGCCGGAGACGAUCGAAGAAGUCGAAAGACGAUCCAAACCCAACGAAGAAGACGAGCUGCAAAUGAAAGUUCUCCUGUCCUCGGAAAAGUGGAGGGAGGCGAAAGGAUCGGAGUGCAAUCAAAACGCACCCCGGGACGACAAAAGUACAACACACAGCGGGCAGCGGCUGGAUCUGUUUGCCCACCAGCAGGCGAAACGGGGCGUCUUCUCCAGCGACCGGUUUGCAUUUCAACACGGGAGCAGAUGGACACGCCAGGCGUCCGGCUGGCAUUGCGUAACCCUUUGGACUACCUCUGCCACCUCCUCCGUCUUCCUUCGAGUCCUGCGAGUUAGCCAGGACGGGCAUCUCCCCAUCUGGCAAGCCGACGUGGCUUUCAACAGGGUCCCUUCCGUCGCCGGGGCGAGCAUUUCUCUGUGUGCGUCGAGUCUACGUCCCGCCACGAAGCCCGCCAUGCCCUUUGGUGACCUUCUGGCUCAAGCGGGCGGCCUGGGAAGAUUUCAAGUGCUCAACGUGGCGCUGUUGUGUUUCCCGAUGCUCCUGAUGGCAGCCCACAACCUGUUGCAGAAUUUUACGGCUGCCGUUCCCAGGCAUCACUGCCGGGUGGCCUUGAACAAAGGAUGCGCCGAUGGGAACGCCACGGGAAAUCCGGAUUGCCGGGCGCUGCUGAGAGCGUUCAUCCCCCAAGAUGGGGACUGGGGGCCGGAGAAGUGUUGGCGCUUUGUCAACCCCCAAUGGCGGCUGUUGGCGUUUAAUUCAACGGGACGGGAGCCAACGGAGGCUGAGCAGGAGCCAUGUCUGGACGGGUGGACCUACGAAGGGACGGUUUUUACAUCCACCAUCGUAACCGAGUGGGACCUGGUGUGCGAUUUCCGGAGCCUCCAGCAGCUGGCGCAGUCUAUCUACAUGGCCGGUGUGCUGGUGGGUGCCAUAGUCUUCGGAGGCCUCUCUGACAAAUUCGGGCGGAAGGCUCUGCUUCUCUGGUCCUGUUUCCAGAUGGCAGUUUCCGGAUCCUGCACGGCAUUUAUUCCCACUUUCAGCGCUUAUUGUGUCUUGCGCUUCCUCACCGGCAUGGCCGUUUCCGGGGUUGGCCUCAACUGUGUGUCGCUGUCUGUGGAGUGGACGCCGAUGCAUUCCCGAGCCGCAGUCAGCAUGGUGACCGGCUACAGCUACAGCCUUGGGCAAUUCAUCCUGGCAGGCAUGGCGUACGCCAUCCGGGACUGGCGUUGGCUUCAGCUGGCCGUCUCCCUCCCCUACUUUGCCUUUUUCCUCUAUGGCUGGUGGUUCAGAGAAUCUGCCCGCUGGUAUGCCACGGCGGGCAAGCCCGACCGGGCGCUGAAAGAGCUUCAGAAGGUUGCUCGGAUAAACGGGAAAAAGGAUUGCCAGGAGAAGCUCAGUCUUGAGGUUUUAAAAGCCAGCCUCCGGACAGAGAACUCGGCAGCCAAAACCAAGUUCCCGGUGGCUGAUUUGGUGCGCACGCCGUCCCUGCGCCGCAUCACGGUGUGCCUUUGCUUCGUCUGGUUCUCCACCAGCUUUGCCUAUUAUGGUCUGGCGAUGGACCUGCAGAAUUUUGGGGUCAGCGUCUACCUUAUCCAGGUGAUCUUCGGCGCGGUAGACAUUCCUGCAAAAUUGGUGGCUUUCCUUGUGAUCUGCUAUUCCGGCCGUCGGAUCGCUCAGGCGUUGAGCCUCAUCUUAGCUGGCCUGUCCAUCGCGGGGAACAUUUUUGUGUCCCGUGAUAUGCAGAUCCUAAGGACCAUCUUUGCUGUCUUUGGGAAAGGAUGUCUGGGCGCCUCUUUCAGCUGUGUCUUCUUAUACACUGGAGAACUCUACCCUACAGUGAUCAGGCAAACCGGGAUGGGCUUUGGCAACACCAUGGCGCGUGUCGGGGGGAUUGUGGCCCCUCUGGUGAGGAUGACCAGCGAGUAUUUUCCGUCCUUUCCCCUUGUCAUCUAUGCCACGGCCCCCAUCAUCUCCGGCCUGGCGGCCUGUUUCCUGCCCGAGACUUUAAAUGUGCCUCUUCCAGACACCAUACAAGACGUAGAGGAGAGAAAACAGCAGAAAAGAGGAGGCUUGUCAUCCAGGCCCAGUUCUCCUGGCUAUGAAAGAAAUCCAAGAGGCAGAAAAAGAUUCCAGGCUACUUGA